CAUUGAGGUCUGAUUUGGUUUGGCUCCACCAGACACCUUCUCCCUUUGAUCACAGAGCUCCGCGGUUCAGGAUUCCUGCACCAAUCAGUGGAUCAGAUGGGCGGACCGCCGAGCGCUCCGAGGUCUCCUCCCAGAUCCCAGUCCCUGCUGGAUCACACGCUAGCUGGAGGAGGACCCAUGCGGUGUGACGGCGGGCAGAGACCAGUGGCUGGCUGACCGGGGAUGAAGGACAGAGACUCUUUCCACCGGACCAAAGGCAACUUGAGGAGCGGAACAAGACCGUGGAACAACGGGCCAAAGACCGGAGAGAAAGGGUGGAGAGUCAGCCCUGACUUGGCAGAGAACUAUGAGAGACCAGCAGCAGACUGGCGCUGAUCAGGAGAACCCAGAAAAACCGCCGUCCAAUGCCUGCCCGGUUCUGGUGGCGACACCCGGACUCAGACGGAAACGGAACACGGGCAAACCCCCGGUGGACGACUCCAGCGCCCCAUCCAGCGACCCCGUGGACCAGGUCCACGUCUACGCUCCCAAGAAAAUCAAAAGCAGUCCUCAGCAUCAGCUUUCCUCCACGGGACCGUCCCUGUCUCCGGGUCCCGGUCCCACCGGGGAUCCGUCGUCUCCGGAGGACCCCCACGGCCAGAGGGUGAUCGCCAACAUCCGCGAGCGCCAGAGGACGCAGUCCCUCAACGAAGCCUUCGCCUCCUUGAGGAAGAUCAUCCCCACGCUCCCGUCGGACAAGCUGAGCAAGAUCCAGACCCUGAAGCUGGCGUCGCGCUACAUCGACUUCCUGUACCAGGUUCUGCAGAACGAGGAGGCGGACUCCAAGCCGAGCGGCUGCAACUACCUGGCCCACGACAGGCUGAGCUACGCCUUCUCCGUCUGGAGGAUGGAGGGCGCCUGGUCCACCAUGUCUGCCGGACACUAGUCUUUGGUCUUGGACUUCAAACGUGGACCACGUUCCAAAUGGACUGGCAGGUCUCAGGUUACACAACAAAGACUCCUGAAGAGACUUCAUCCCAUCUGUUGGUCUUUCUUGGUCACCACCGACUUUGCUCUUGGUUCUGGUUUUCCUUUUUCUUUUUCUUUUUGUCUCUGCAGCAAAGACUGACGUCUCCGUGUUGGAUCUUUUUGUCUCGCAAUGUUUGACCCUUAGCUCCACCCCCAGCAUCACCUCGUCACCAUAGCAACCAUCCUCAUCAACAACGUAGCUGCUGACAAAAAAAAAAGGACCGGCGUGUUGUCCGGGCCGUGCCGCCAUUUUGAGCCUCGGAGUCCUGCGGACUUUGGCCUGGACGACGACAAUAUUCCCGCUGGAAGGAGCAUGAAUGCGUGUUUGAAAAGGAUCAAGCCCCAAAGUGUCUUCAUGAAUAAAGUUGAGUUGAAAGUCUGUGACGUCCUGUUAAAAAGGCUCCUUUUCUUUAACGAGGUCUGCACGCCUUCCCACUCAGUCAGGAACUCUUCGCCUCCACAAAGAACAUUCUAGAAUGUGCAAUUAAAAAGCCCUGUGAGGUUUUUUUUUAAUAGCCUGUUUGGAGCUUUUUAGACGUGAUUUUCAUUGUUUUUGGCUUUGAAAAUAGUCGUUAAAAAGAGGGAAAAUGGAGGGAAAAAAAAGGGAAAAUUCAGCGACAAAUAAAUAUC